CCAGGAAGGCUUCCUGGAAGAGGACUCUGGCCCCUCCCAAGGACCAUGCCACAGCCCCACUGACCCAGGAGUAGGGGCCUCAGGGCAGGGAACCUGGAAUGGGCUGUGUGUUCUGCAAGAAGUUGGAGCCAGGGCCCAAGGAGGAUGGUGACCUGGAAGGGGACUUCAGGGCCUACGGGGCUGCAGACCGCUAUGGCCCUGACCCUACUCAGGGCCGACCAACAUCCUCCUUUGCCCAUAUCCCCAACUACAACAACUUCUCCCCUCAGCCUGCCAACCCCUCCUUCCUGGAUGGGGGCAAUAUCAGAGGCAUCUCAGGAACUGGGGUGACUUUGUUCAUCGCCCUUUAUGACUAUGAGGCCCGGACAGAGGAUGACCUCACCUUCACUAAGGGCGAGAAAUUCCACAUCCUGAACAACAUUGAGGGUGACUGGUGGGAGGCUCGGUCCCUCAGCUCCGGACAAACUGGCUACAUUCCCAGCAACUACGUGGCCCCUGUGGACUCCAUCCAGGCAGAAGAGUGGUACUUUGGAAAGAUCGGGAGAAAGGAUGCAGAGAGGCAGCUGCUCUCCCCGGGCAACCCCCGGGGGGCCUUUCUCAUUCGAGAGAGUGAGACCACCAAAGGUGCCUACUCCCUGUCCAUGCGGGAUUGGGACCAGGCCAGAGGCGAUCACGUGAAGCAUUACAAGAUUCGCAAGCUGGACACAGGUGGCUUCUACAUCACCACGAGGGCCCAGUUUGACACAGUGCAGGAGCUGGUGCAGCACUACCUUGGUGAGGGCAGCCCUCAGGUUGGCAUGUGCUUCAGAUUCUUGGGCCAACCCUCUGAGACUGAGGCCCAGAGAAGGGAAGGGUCUCCCAAAACGCUGGGCCUCGCUAAGGACGCCUGGGAGAUCAGCCGCAGCUCCAUCGCGCUCCAGCGCCGGCUGGGCACCGGCUGCUUUGGGGAUGUGUGGCUGGGCAUGUGGAAUGGCAGCACAAAGGUGGCGGUGAAGACGCUGAAGCCGGGCACCAUGUCCCCGAAGGCCUUCCUGGCGGAGGCGCAGAUCAUGAAACUGCUGCGGCACGACAAGCUGGUGCAGCUGUACGCCGUGGUGUCGGAGGAACCCAUCUACAUCGUGACGGAGUUCAUGUGCCACGGUAGCUUGCUGGAGUUCCUCAAGGACCAAGAAGGCCAGAAUUUGAGGCUGCCCCAGCUGGUGGACAUGGCAGCCCAGGUAGCUGAGGGCAUGGCCUACAUGGAGCGCAUGAACUACAUCCACCGAGACCUGAGGGCAGCCAACAUCCUCGUAGGGGAGCGGCUGGUGUGCAAGAUCGCUGACUUCGGGCUGGCCCGUCUCAUCAAGGAUGAUGAGUACAACCCCAAGCAAGGGGCUAAGUUCCCCAUCAAAUGGACAGCCCCAGAGGCUGCCCUUUUUGGCAGAUUCAGCAUCAAGUCAGAUGUGUGGUCCUUUGGGAUCCUGCUCACUGAACUCAUCACCAAGGGCCGAGUCCCUUACCCAGGCAUGAAUAACCGGGAAGUAUUGGAACAGGUGGAGCACGGCUACCACAUGUCCUGCCCCCCAGGCUGCCCAGCAUCCCUGUACGAGGCCAUGAAACAGACCUGGCGUCUGGACCCCGAGGAGAGGCCUACCUUCGAGUACCUGCAGUCCUUCCUGGAGGACUACUUCACCUCCACAGAACCCCAGUACCAGCCUGGGGAUGAGACAUAGCCUGUUUGGGCAUCAACCACCUCUCAGGGGUUGUCCACCAGCCCCUUCCAAUCCUCAGGGCUCCGGUCCCAAGGCCCCAUGGCCCAGAACCCUAAAGAGUCUUAGCCUGUCAGAGCAAGCAAGUUGCUCUAGUACCAUCUAGGGCAACCCCUCAUUUUAAAGAUGGGGCAAAUCCAGGCUCAGAGAUCAUCCCUCACCUACUCUGGUUCCAAGCACUAUUUUUUCCCUUCCCACUUAUGCCCCUAGAAGCCUCUAGCCUCCUGUCUGCACUCCCCCCACCAAAAAGAAAUGCUCAGACUCUGUCUAGUUAUUUAUAAAACUGUAUAUCCUUUCCCUCACUUAUCACCUGUCCCUACUCUCCUCCCCUGUCAUCCCAUCCUGGUCCAGAAUUCACCUCCUACUCAUUGUCUUGGGUCUAUAAGUUACAAAGACAGGAAAAUCUUUGCCGGAUCCCUUUCCUGCUGUGUGUAUGCUCUAGUCCAGGACCCUGGUCCAAGCCCAGGGUGAGGAAGAGGGUUGCUGAGGGCUUCUGUGAAACACGUGUGUGUUUACUGAUUCUGUAAAUAACAAAAAUGACAAUAUGAAUCCUUGAGCCA